AGCUCCUCAUUCCCCCCCGCCCGCCCGCUUAGAUCGGAUCUUUCACUUCCCUAUUCAUUCUAUCAACCCCUCUAAAAGAAACCAAAAAACCCAGAACCAAGAAAACGAUCGGAGAAGAUUCCUCUUCAUCUCUUCCAGAACAACUGCCGAGGCGGGGUGGGGGUGGGGGGAGAAAAUCUCUAUGUUCCAUUGCAGAGCCGAGGCGAGGUUUCAUUUCAGGUGGGGGGUUUAAAUUAAAUGGGGAAUGUGACGUCGAACGUGGCCGCAAAGUUCGCAUUUUUUCCACCUGACCCGCCGACGUACGAUGUUUUCAGAGACGAGGACGGGCGGCUGUGCUUCACGGGCGUGACGGCGGACAAGAACGUGGACGUGCAUUUGCUGGACACUAAAGGCGGGAACAAGAUUGUGGCCACCUUCUGGAAACAUCCUUUUGCAAGGUUUACGCUCUUGUAUUCCCACGGUAAUGCUGCGGAUUUGGGGCAGAUGCAGGCCCUCUUUCUUGAGCUCAGAGCUCAUCUCCGUGUCAAUAUCAUGAGCUAUGAUUAUUCAGGAUAUGGUGGAUCUUCUGGUAAGCCAUCUGAGUUCAACACAUACUAUGACAUAGAAGCUGUCUACAAUUGUUUGAAGAGCGAAUAUGGAAUUAAGCAAGAGGAUGUGAUUCUAUAUGGCCAAUCCGUCGGUAGUGGGCCUACAUUACACUUGGCAUCUCGUUUACAGAGGCUGAAAGCUGUUAUUCUUCAUAGCGCUAUACUUUCUGGAAUACGAGUUUUAUAUCCUGUCAAGAUGACAUUCUGGUUCGACAUAUUUAAAAAUAUAGACAAAAUACGGCAAGUCAACUGCCCGGUUUUAGUUAUCCAUGGUACAGCCGAUGACAUUGUUGACUUCUCCCAUGGCAAGCGCUUGUGGGAGCUCUCGAAAGAGAAGUAUGAUCCGCUGUGGGUGCAGGGGGGAGGGCAUUGUAACUUGGAGACAUAUCCAGAGUACAUUAGGCACUUGCGCAAAUUUGUAAACGCGAUGGAAAAACACUCCUUCUCGAACCAAAGUAAACCACAACUUACUCAUGCCCCGAGCAUAACGGAAUCCAAGAACAAUAGAUGCUUGAGAUUCGGGAAAAGAUGAAAAAAUAUAAAGAAAGUCGCACUUCUUUUUGGAUCGGACCAUCACUUCAAAAGGUACGCUUCACUGCAUCAAAUCUCGAGUUGCCACUAAAUGAGCUAACGCGAGUUAGAUAUCAGCUUCACUCUGGAUCUUGCCUCGUGCAAAUAGUUUGUGGUGAAGGAUGGCGUUUUACUACAGAGAACCUUUCCGAUUAGGCUUGAUCUAACUCGGUGUGAAACUAGGAAUGCCAAGAGUUAUGUCGAGAUCUUUCAUCACUGACAGUAGGUAUGCGAUGGUUUCUGUCAAUAACUUCAUUGAUUUUCUUUUUUCUUGGUCAUGUAUGUAUUUUUCAUUUCUCAACUCCCCUCCACCCCCCUCUCUCUAUCUGAUUUGGAAGCACAAUUUGUUAUUUAUAUAAAUUCAUUGCAUGCAAGUAGCCAGCAAUCUGCUUGUUUCUUGAUUCUGAAA